AUGGCCCAUCAAGCACAUGCAUAUCAUAUAGUAGACCCAAGCCCCUGACCCCUCACAGGCGCAGUAGCCGCCCUUCUUAUAACAUCUGGCUUAGCCAUCUGAAUACACUUUCAUUCAACAACCCUGAUAACACUAGGCCUAAUUCUCUUACUACUUACAAUAUACCAGUGGUGACGAGAUAUCGUUCGGGAAGGGACAUUUCAAGGACACCAUACACCUCCCGUCCAGAAAGGCCUUCGAUACGGCAUGAUCCUAUUUAUUACUUCUGAAGUUUUCUUCUUCUUAGGCUUUUUCUGAGCUUUUUAUCACUCAAGCCUGGCACCUACCCCCGAACUUGGAGGGUGCUGACCCCCCGCCGGAAUCAAUACCCUCAACCCCUUUGAAGUACCCCUACUUAACACAGCCGUCCUACUAGCUUCUGGGGUUACAGUCACCUGGGCACAUCACAGUAUUAUAGAAGGCCAACGCAAACAAGCCCUUCAAUCACUUACCCUCACCAUCCUCUUAGGUUUCUACUUUACAGCUCUUCAAGCAAUAGAGUACUACGAAGCUCCGUUUACAAUCGCUGACGGCGUAUACGGAUCCACCUUCUUCGUUGCAACCGGAUUCCACGGUCUCCAUGUAAUCAUUGGCUCAACCUUCUUAGCAAUCUGCCUACUUCGACAAGCACUUCACCACUUCACGUCAAACCAUCACUUCGGCUUUGAAGCCGCAGCUUGAUACUGACAUUUCGUUGAUGUUGUAUGGCUCUUCCUCUACAUCUCCAUCUACUGAUGAGGCUCCUA